AUUGUUUUGAUUUGUGCUUGUGGUCACGUAGUCCAUACUCCUACUGGGAUCUAUUUUUUAUUUACACGUUCUCACGUAUGCCAAUUUUUUUGUGACCUAAAAAUGAUUAUUCCAAAGCACCUAAUUACUUCCCAACGGUUAUUUAAAAAAAUCCCGUUGGGAAUCUUUCAAAUCUUCAGAAAAUGUUCGGAUCUUUCCAUUGUUAAAACGCAAUUGGAAGUUCCAACUUUUUGUGAUAUUCAUAUUGAUCUCGGCUGCAAAGUGCGCGUUAGGCCAUUAAAUGUACAUAAAUACCAUAAUGCAAACGCUUUUCUCUUACAAACUGACCAAAAAUAUGAUAAUGCGAUCGAACAUUACCUAGAUGGUAACAAAGUUAUCGUCACCAGUCAAAAAGGUUUAAAUCCAAAUACUCUUUGUAGCAUUAAGGCCCCCGUUAAAGCCAAUUUGCAUAUAAAAGCGAAAAAUGAUGUUACUGUGGGAUAUUUCCAAGGCGAUAAAAUUAAUAUUAACACAGAAAGUAAUGUAUUUGUGGAUAAAUUUCAAGGGGAUACAAUAGAUGUGACAACAAGCAAUGGAAAUGUUGUUUUUCAUAAUUUUAUUGAAGCUGCCAAUAUUUCAGCUGUUGUAUCUAAUGGAUCUAUUUCAACUGGAAAACUUCAAGGAUUGAAUUUAAAAUUAAAAGUAUCAGGGGAAGGGAGUAUUUCAGUAGAUUCUUCCUAUUGUGAAGAAAGUAUUUUUGUUGUGGAAAAAGGAGACAUGGACCUAAGCAAUAUCCACAGAAAUUGUAAAAUAUUUUUGAUGAAAGGCAAUCUAUCGCUCAAUAGUUUUGAUGGUCAGCUAUCUGCACUCCUCAAUUCCGGCUCCGCCGAUGUCCAUCUGUCUCGUAUUCAUGGAAACUCUGAUAUUACUCUUAAGGAUAGUGGCGAUUUAAUUUUGAAAUUGGCAGAGUCUUGCCAAGAUUUUACUACAUUUAGAAUAACCUCCCCAAAUGUAUCUUUCCCUGAUGCUGUAAAAUCUGAAAUCAACAAGAACGAAAAUUUAGUAGUACUCCGACCUGAGGCUUCCGAUGACAAUACUGUGCUUGUCAAUUGCUCAAAUGCUAAUGUUAAGGUGGAGAGUACUUCUUGGCAGGAAAUGAUGCAAAUGAAAUUGAAGAAUAAAUAACAAAGAAGAUGUACUUGAUCCCUUUUUGAAUAAGUGAUAAUAUUUAUCAAAUUUUUGCUAGGUACUUAAUUUGCCUUGUAAUUUGCUCAAUACGUUUCUCAUUAGAUAAGAAUUUAAUUUAUUUAGGUAUUUUGUAUUAUAAUACUUGCCCAAUAUUAUUUGCACUGAUUUUUUUUGUAGUUCAAGUACACAUUUAAUGGAUUUAUUAUUGGUCGUUUUUUUUUUCAUUAUUUAGUGAGCAGUGAUAAUAAU